AACACACACGUACACACACACACACACAGAGUGCAGCAUGGUAUUACUAACAGGUCUAAUACUUUCAUUGCUAGUGCAAGUCACUAUUGCCACUCAAUUCUAUAAAGAACACCUCAAUUUGAAGCCAUACCCUAGAAACAAAUUACUAACUGGGUUUGACUUCAACAUUGAAUCACAACCAUUUGAAUUAUCAUACUACAAUGUAUCAGCCACUACCGGUGAAAUAGCCCACCAUUAUACUCACUUCCCCAGUAGUUUAGGUCCCAUUAUUGAAUCUACAAACACUAGAGAGUUGCACUUGAGAUUCACUCAAGGUUGGUGGGAUGCACAAUCAUGGGGCAAGUUACCCCAUGACGGGCUCUUUAGUGGUGGUACUGGUGUCGAAGUAGUUGCUGUGAUUGAAGCUCCUGAUAUUGCCAUUGCUCAACAGCAUUGGCUGAGAUUAACCAAGAUCUUAUCUGGGUUCUUCUGUGCUUCUUUAAACUUCAUUGACAACGAUAGCACCACGUAUCCUAAGCAUUUGACCAAGAAAAUUGGCGGGUAUGCGCCCGAACAAGGAAACAAGUUGUUCUUACUUCGUGCCGCGUUACCUAGUGAACCUGUGUGUACUGAAAAUUUGACUCCGUUCUUGAGAUUGUUACCUACCAGAGGUAAAUCUGGUAUUUCUACCUUGUUGGAUGGCCAUAAAGUGUUUGAUUCCUUAUGGCACGGAAUGUCAAUUGAUGUAGUUACUUCAUGUGAAGAUAACGGGUUGUGUUCUUUGCAAUUGCAUCAAACUAUUAACCAGAUGGUUGAUAUCAUCAGAUCCAUUCGUAAACAGACUGAAGGAGGUAUUCCAAAGCCUACUCCUGGUGAUAAAUUAAGAUGUGAUACUAGCAAGACAUAUAAUGUUUGGCAAUGUUUCCCAUUGGGAGAUCCUACUGAAAUUGACUGGAGUUUGCAAACUAUAUAUGGAAGAAAGAUAAUCGGGUCUGCAUUUGAAGAUGGAGACCGUGAAACUUCAUCCAUUAGUGUCGAUUUUGAUCCCGCUGCUUGGGAAGUAACUUUUAUGAAAGAUGCUCCUAACUCCCUUGUUCAUCGCUCAUUAUCUGACUCCAAGGACGUACAUGUCAGUGAAUUUUUGCAUGAAAAUGCCAAUUAUGACUUGAAGUUUGAAACCAAGAGUAGCACUAAUGUAUUGCCUAUAGUUGCCCCUCCAUUAUAUGCAUCUCGUUCAUUAACUGGAUAUUCAUUAGACAAGGGUGGUUUACGUGUGUCGUUCGCCAAUCCUAGUGAUAAACCAGUUACUUUUGUGUAUUUCGAAUCCACUCCUUGGUUUAUGAGAUUAUACUUUAAUGACUUGAAGUUGAGUUUAAAGAAUCAAGAUGGCGAAGCUGAUGUCACAGCUAACCAAGAAGAGUAUAUUCAAAACAGAUAUUACCGUCCUGCAAUUGAUAGAACCAGACCUUCGCAAAUGGAAUUGAAGAUUACCAUUCCUGCAAAUCUGUCAUUGGCAAUGACUUAUUCAUUUGACAAAUCGUUGUUGUUGUAUCAUGAAUAUCCGCCAGAUGCAAAUCACGGGUUUGAUAUUGAACCAGCUGUAAUUACAAUUCUUGAAGACGACAAAGCUACUUAUGAAUUUAGAACCACUAGUUUAUUGUUGACACUUCCUACCCCGGAUUUCUCCAUGCCUUAUAAUGUCAUUAUAUUAACAUGUACUGUAUUGUCAUUGGCAUUUGGAAUUGUGUUUAACUUACUUACCAAACAAGUUGUCACCGAAGAAGAAUUUGAAAAGGUUUCUGCCAAUACCAAGGCUGCCAAGAUCAAGAGACAAGUGAAAUAUAGAAUCUAUCAAGUUAAACAAAUAUUAGGUAUAUAAUGUACAUACUAGAAAGGAUCUUCGUACGGAUCUUCUUCGUCAUAAUCAUCAUCUUUUUCAAACUCGUAAACGAUGGCACCACCAGCGGAACCCAACGAUUCUUGCGCUUCCAUGUAUGGAAGUUCAACUUGUUCACGAGCAAGUCUUUGUUUAUUGCUAGUGGUCAAGUUGAACGUUGUCAAGUCUUUCAAUAACCUUUCGUCUUCGAUUGGUUCCUCUUCCUCGUGUUGUUUAAAGAUUUCGUAGGCAUGGGUAGCAGUGUCAAUUAUGAAUGUGUAGAUUAAGGAUCUCCCCGACUUCCUUCUGUUUGUCAAUACAAGUUUAAACUGAGGGGAAUUAAGAUUAACUGGAAUAUUCAAUCUGCUUACUUUUCCAUAUAGUUCUUCUUCGGUUAGCACCAGCACAAUUGGCUCGAUUUCAAAGAUGGUAGUUGCAAUAUAUGUCAAUAAAGUAGCUGUGUUGGGAUAUGAUGUAUUUUGUUGAGGUAUUGGACAAUUGGUAUGAAACACACCCAACAAAGUGAUCAAAGGAUUGGCCAAUUUGGUGAUAAACGCAGUGAUCUCUUCGCUUGGGAUGUAAUUGAGGGAAUCAAUAAUCACAAGAGUUUUGUUAGUUUUGCUAACAUUGGAUUGGACGAAUUUUGCAACGUUAUCAGGAGUGGUUUCGGUACAAUCCAAGAAUUCUGUGGCAUAUUUUGGUCUAUUGAUGGUUUCAUAGGAUAAAUAUAUGAUGUUGGUAUUUGGACUGUUGUGGACAAUUUCUUGGAUUAGAUAGUACGACGAUUGUGCUAAGGAAUCAAGGACCAAGUAAAAUGACGAAGACUCUUUUAACGAAAGUAGCCUUGUCAAUAGCACAACUGAGUUUUGAGACAUUUCUAACAAAGUCUUUCAAUGUCUGGCAGCUAUAGUGAGGAGGAUGAGGAGGUCGUU